AUGGCGGCAGCAGAAGGGAAGGCACCUUGUACUGCUAAAUGUUUUACUCAAGAUUUCCGGAUUCCCAUGAAUACUUUGGAUCAUCCUUCACUGGUUUCAAACAAAUUAGUAUCUGAUUGGGUUCCUUGUGAUUCUACUAAUGACCACAUUCAUGCCAAUUCAUUUUGCAUGCCCCGUGAUCUGAAUUCUGAUAAGCUACCAGAAAUGAAAUGGUGGCUACAUGUGAAAAGUGAUUUGGGUGACGAAACAAAUUAUACAUGUCAACAUCUGAAUUCCUACGAGUCUGAAUUUGGUGCCUUCUAUGCUGAAUUUCUUAAUGGAAAUGUCAAGAGUGGGUCAGAUCAAUUGAUCAAAGAUUUUGACACUCUGUCUGAUCUGGAAAGUGUUAAUUUAUCUGUAGAGCACCCAGGGCAUGUCUCUCCUAGAUUUAUGAAAAACAAUAAUAGCAGAAUGCCAAAAAUUGAGGCUUCACUGAAUACUGAUUUACAUUUUACUCCUAAGAAGAAAGAUCAGGGGGAGCUUUGUUUUUCAGACAGUCAUUUUAUGGAUUGUGAUAUUUCCAAUUUCUUAGUCUCUGAACAAGGUAAAAUGACAUCAUCUGAUCUAGAAUCACAUUUGAUGGGAGCAGAGGAAACUGGGCCUUGGUGGCGCACUGCUGGAAAAGAUGAGUUGGCUUCUUUGGUUGCACGGAAGUCACUUGAGCAUAUUGAGAAUUGUGAUCUCCCUCAUCCCCAGACUAAGCAUGCUAGUCAGGGACCCCCCUAUCAAAAGGUUGUUGACCAUGACAAGACUCCACCAUCAUCUUUGAAUCAUAAAACUUCCGGCUCUUGCAAUGCAGAUGGUUAUACAACUGGAAUAUCCACUCCUGACUGUUCAUUUCAGGAUUCAAACAAGUAUUCCUGCUCCAGCCAGAGCACAGAUUCUAGUUCAAGCAACAAAGGUUGCGAAAUAAAUUCUGAGAACAGUAGCAUGUCGGAGCUGUUGAAAGCUUUGUGUUACUCUCAAACAAGAGCAAGAGAGGCUGAGAAAGCAGCACAGCGAGCUUACAGCGAAAAGGAGCACAUCCUGAGUCUCUUUUUUCGACAGGCUUCACAGUUAUUUGCUUACAAGCAGUGGCUCCACAUGCUGCAGCUGGAGAACCUCUGCCUGCAACUCCGAAACAAAAACCAAUCAUUGCUAAAUCUCUUUCCAGCAUCCUUACCCUGGGCCCCAUGCAGCGGAAUGCUGCUCAAGAAGAAUCAUGGUAUGGCUGGGAAGCGGAAGAAUAGUAACAGAAGAUGUGGGAUUACAAAGUGUGUUGUUGCUUUUGUCGUGGGAAUAGGCCUUGCUGGUGCUGGUUUGCUUCUUGGUUGGACCAUGGGAUGGAUGUUUCCUCCGUUAUAA